UCACUUAUGUUUUCGCUGCUGCGAGGUAUUCGAGCGCGUGAGGUGAUCAUGGUUGACGCGGACCUACUGGGCACGGGAAGCGCAGGUAGCAGUGCUAUAAAAUUGCUACAGGCGCUGCUCUCUGCUGAGAAGUUGGAAAAGAUGCGUUUGUGAAAAUUUAAUAUUUUGGGUGGAGCUGCAUGAAGGAGCGGGGAUUCGUAGGUAUCAUGUGCUUGUGAUAGCGUGCGAAAGAAGUCUAUGGUGAAAUAGGCACGAAGGUACAUGUAUGGGUGAAUGAUGGGCAACAUACUUAGCAGCAUGAUAAAUAGUGUCUGGGACAUCGGUAACAUGUUGGCCAAGAGAAUGGACUUGCCGAACAACAGGUUGGUUGACGAGGCGAUGGACAAGAUGGCAGACAAUAUGGCUGAUACGGGGGUGGCUGACGAAGCCACUGCGAGUGUGGCCAAGCAGAAUGUGGCUAGCGACACUGUCGGUGAGGUUGAGAAUACAGCUGGCGAAGCUGAGAGCUCCGCGAGUGAGGCUGAGAACUCCGCUAGCGAGGCUGAGAACUCCGCUAGCGAGGCUGAGAACUCUGCUAGCGAGGUUGACAAUGGAGUUGGUGAGGCUGACAGUAAAGUUGGUGAGGUUGGCAACGCAGUUGUUGCACUGGUUGACAAUGCCAUGGGGGAGGUUGCCAAUACAGUCGGUGAGAUGGCCAAUGAAGAAGUGAAGCAGGUGAUGAACAUGGCUGGAGACUCGAUGGAUGAGUCUAAUGGCGAAAUAGACUUCAAUACGAUACAUCCAUGCGUCUUUUGUCAGAGUACAGAGAGCAGGUCUGCGUUUGCUGUUGGCAGCGUUUGCAGCAGUGCUGAGUGUGAGGAACGCUCACUCAAGGAGUGCACAGCGGUGUUGCCGUGUGGACAUAGCUGUGGAGGAAUUGCUAGAGAGAGUGAAUGCCUGCCGUGCCUACAAAGUCCAUGCUGUGACAGUAGUCAAAGGACAUCGUCAGUACGUUACACUGCAAGCGAUGAAUGUGCUAUUUGCUACACGGACACGCUGGGUGAUGCUCCAGCUAUUCAGCUUUCCUGUGGACACAUCUAUCACAAGCAUUGCUGCGACGCUCAGCUAGCAACACGCUGGAGUGGCCCCAGGAUUAGUUUCCAGUUUCUGAAUUGCCCCGGAUGUGAGAAUCAAGUCAUGGAUCAUCCAUCAUUGAGAUCUGCUCUCAAACCCAUGAAAGAGCUACAGUCACUUGUGAAGCGGAAAGCUAUGCUACGACUGGAACAUGAGAAGGAAAUGGACAAUGAAGCAAUCGCCAAUCCAUGCAGUGAAUACUACCAGAAACCUGAGAAAUAUGCGGUGAAGCGCUAUGCAUACUAUGCGUGUUAUGAGUGUGAGCGGCCCUAUUUCGGCGGUGAAGCACAAUGUGCAGAUCAACUGGCUGCAGCAGAUUUCAAUCCCGAGGAACUGAUCUGCCCGUGGUGUGCCACUGCGACGGGAUCCAGAGGUGUUAAGGAGUGUCCAACCCAUGGGAAAGAGUACAUCGGCUUCAAAUGCCGCUACUGCUGCUCAUUCGCCGUUUUCUUCUGCUUCGGACACACUCACUUCUGCCCACGCUGCCAUACUGACUUCUCGAGACUUAUGGCUAUGAAAAAGUUCCCAUCUUGCCCGGUCGGCCCAGCUUGCAGACAGCUGCAGAGUGACGAAUGCCCUCUGAACAUCAGACAUCCUCCUACUGGUGAAGAGUUUGCGAUCGGGUGUGUGUUGUGCUUGGAUCAUCAGUCAGAUUUUUAGGCCCUAGAAUCAACCAGUGUUUACUGACCUUCUAUCAUGAAGCUAUUUUUUUACUUUACUCCUUGUUUUCUAUGCUAUCAUGUUUACUGCUAAAGUGGUGCGCAUUUCAGGAAGGUUUCAGGAAGUACUCCCUCCCGCUUUGACCUUGACGUUUUGUCUUUUGUUUCUGUUCGUCUUUUUUUGUUUUGGACUUCCAUUGCACAAGUGGAUGUUACUUGAUGGGUGUGAUCGGUGUACUUGGUGCUAUUGGGCACAUCAUCCCUUCUAUUUGAACCCGAGUACAAAUGAAAUCUAUAUAAUGCUCCACACUGAUAAUCUGAGUUCGUAUGUUUUAAAAUAUAGGAAUAUAAAUGCAACACGUUUAAUAUACCAGCAAAUGAACUCUGAAAAUAAAAUGUUAUAAGAUUAUUGCGAUAUGUUUGCUGUCCUGUACAAGAAAUCACUACACACGUGGCCAAAGUAACGCCUGGCGUUAGUUUUGGGUGUUUCCUUGUGUAACCAUGGUAACACUGUUUUUAUUUGACAUUCUCUUUCUUUACUGAGUUGUUGAUGCUGUUGAUUUGCUACUCUUUUGUUUUCCCUUCCCUUACUCCUAUUUUUCGCCGGUGUUUCCACCGAAGCUUGAGAUGAUUGUAAUAAAUAAAUAAAUAACAUGCAUACAUA